UGGGCAGUUCUGCUGGUCCUGUUGUUGGUUUGUGAUUGGAGAGUUAAAGCGGAUGGGUCGGAUCACAGGUAUAAGGAAGGAGAUCGUGUCCCUCUGUAUGCCAACAAGGUGGGACCUUUUCACAACCCAAGUGAGACAUAUCGUUACUAUGAUUUGCCAUUUUGUUCACCAGAUCACGUGAUUGAGAAGAAGGAAGCACUUGGAGAGGUUCUAAAUGGUGAUCGUUUGGUUGAUGCACCAUAUGAGUUGAACUUUCGGGAAGACAGAGAGUCGACAACUAUUUGUGAAAAAUCCUUGUCAGAAAAAGAUAUCGCAAAGCUUAGAAAUGCAGUUGCAAAAGACUACUACUUUCAGAUGUACUAUGAUGACUUGCCCUUUUGGGGAUUCAUUGGGAAGGUUGACAAGGACAAUCUUGACCCAAGCGAGUACAAAUACUUGCUAUUUAAACACAUCCACUUCGAUAUUUUCUACAAUGAUGACCGUGUUAUAGAAAUAAGUGUCCAAACUGACCCAAAUUUAACUGUGGAUAUUACGGAGGAUAAGGCAGUUGAUGUCAUGUUUGCAUACUCUGUGACAUGGAAAAAUACUGAUAUUCCUUUUGAGAAAAGAAUGGAAAAAUAUUCAAAAUCUUCUUCACUGCCCCAACACCUAGAGAUCCAUUGGUUUUCUAUAAUUAAUUCAUGUGUAACAGUCCUUCUUCUAACUGGGUUUCUGGCUACAAUUCUCAUGCGUGUGCUCAAGAAUGACUUCGUCAAAUACUCGCAUGAUGAAGAAUCUCUUGAAGACCAAGAAGAAACUGGAUGGAAGUAUAUUCAUGGGGAUGUCUUUCGAUUUCCAAAGUACAAGUCCUUGUUUUCAGCUGUUAUUGGAUCUGGAACUCAGCUCUUAACCCUUGCAAUGUUCAUCUUCCUCCUUGCACUAGUUGGAGUGUUCUAUCCUUACAACAGGGGAGCUCUCUUCACAGCUCUGGUUGUCAUAUAUGCUCUAACCUCUGGUAUUGCUGGUUACAUAGCUACCUCCUUCUAUCUGCAACUAGAAGGGACCAACUGGGUGAGGAAUUUGUUAUUGACAGGCUGCUUGUUCUGUGGGCCGCUGUUCUUAACAUUUUGCUUCCUUAAUACUGUUGCCAUUGCAUACAAUGCAACUGCGGCCUUACCUUUCGGUACUAUCCUUGUGAUUCUUCUCAUAUGGACACUGGUAACUUCUCCUUUGCUUGUGUUGGGUGGAAUUGCUGGUAAGAACAGCAAGACAGAAUUCCAAGCUCCAUGCCGCACCACAAAGUAUCCUAGAGAAAUUCCUCAGUUACCAUGGUACAGAGGGACUGUUCCUCAGAUGGCAAUGGCAGGAUUUCUUCCUUUCAGUGCAAUCUACAUUGAGCUGUACUACAUAUUUGCUAGUGUGUGGGGUCACAAAAUUUACACCAUAUACAGCAUCCUUUUUAUUGUUUUCAUCAUUCUCAUCAUUGUUACCGCAUUUAUCACGGUGGCAUUGACAUAUUUCCAGCUUGCUGUUGAGGACCAUGAAUGGUGGUGGAGGUCUGUUCUUUGUGGUGGUUCCACUGGUAUAUUCAUCUUCUUCUACUGCUUAUACUACUAUCAUGCAAGAUCAGAUAUGUCUGGUUUUAUGCAGACAUCGUUCUUUUUUGGUUACAUGGCUUGCAUCUGCUAUGGCUUCUUCCUCAUGUUGGGGACCGUUGGAUUCCGUGCUUCCUUGCUAUUUGUGCAGCAUAUAUAUCGUUCGAUCAAAUGCGAGUAGAUGUGCCUUGGCUACUCAAUCUGAGUGCCUGAUAUUUUCAGUAACUUGAGUCAUGUGGAAACCCAUCUCCACUGAAGCUGCGUGGUGGCUGGCUGCUAGCUGAUCAUUCUUCAAUUGUUAAUACCAAGAAAUAUUCCUCAGCAAGGGCUAAAUGAUUUUGUUUAUGAUCACUAUACCUUUGUUGCCUAUGUUUGCCCUCCAUACAUGUUGUCGUUACAUGACAAAUUUCUAGUUGUGAAGAUAUGAUAAUGUUGUUCUUUAGACAUCGUGUUAUGCAAAAUUAAGACCAUUCUCUG